UCUUUUUGUCUUUUUUUGCAGGGAAACGCGUGUCCUAAACCACUCAGCUCCCGUCCAACAUCUUGUCUUUAUUAUCUGCUGCGAGGUGCCUCCAAAUGCGGCAUGUACAGGCUUUAUGACUACAAAGGAAACAGUUACCCAGCUUACUGUGAUUUGACAUCUGAGCCCGGUACUGCAUGGACACUGGUCAUGUCAUGGAGUGUUGCUUAUCGCAAGCUUUCCCCGUUUUUCCAGUCCCCUUUCAGGUACAACUAUCCAGUGAACGAGAACUCCCUGAACUGGAAUCUCUACCGCUUGAAUCUGGUCCGAACUAAAUCCCUGAAGGACCACUCUACCCACUGGCGAGCAACAUGCAGCUACCCGACCCACGGCGUCGAUUUCAGAGACUACCUCCGUGGCAACUUCAAAGACUUUAACAUCUUUGAUUUUGUGGGUGUAGGUACGUGUAAGAAGGUGGACUACAUUAACAUCCGGGGACACUGGGGCCUCCAUCUCACGGCACCUUUCUGGCAGGGCCAAGUAAAGCAUGGACCUCCUCUGCACAUUGAUAGUAGCCUGAGCACCAACUGUGAUUUUAAGGCCGCGAAGACUGGUGCAGUUUCUGAUGAGGACAACUUUGGCCUAUAUGCGACCAUCAACUCCAAGUUCCGCUGUACACAGGGUACCCACUCGACCACCCAGUGGUGGUUUGGAGCUCAUCUCUAA